AUGGCGACGACGGCAUCCGAACAUGACAUGAGCCCGAGAUCGAGGUUCUGUAUCGACCUUGACAUCACACCAAUGGAGACGAGUGAAGUCAGUGCUUCCCACUCUCCAAGCAAAUUCUUCUGUCGAUUCGACCCCGUGACGAGGAAAGGAAGACUGCUAAUGCUGCUGUUCGUUCGUGACGGUAGCUCGACUCUGCAGGAAAUGAGUCGACUGGAUGUGCUGCGCAUGACACAAGAAGCGGCAAAGCUUGGAAGUGAGUCUCCUGCUAAACCGUCUCAAUACCGAAGGCCAGGAACAGUCUGUGACGUCCAGCGCGUACACGCCAGAGACAUUCGCAGGAUGGAGAAUGCGUUCUCAGCAUCCAACGAACCGUCCAUUAUCCUUCGCAAACAAACAAUUUUCUUUAGCGCUGAUCCUUUGCGCGCGAUCGUUCUGCGAGAUGCCUGUUUGGUUUACGUUCCUGACGGAGCGGACAGUUUGAUCUCCAUGCUCAAGCAGGACUUCCUGACUAAUGCACGGGACAAUGCAGAGGCUCCUUUCGAGUUCAGAGCGUUGGAGGCGUUGCUAGCGACACUUGCAAGAUACUUUCGAGCUCAGUAUGAUCAGUUGUCUCCCGCUAUUGUAUCCGACCUCGAGCACCUGGUUCAAGGCAACUUGGACUCACACGAGCUGGAACGUCUACGUGAGUUCAAGAACACGAUGAACGAAUUUGAGUCUCAGGUGGAUGGAGUGCGUCGUGUGUUGAUGGAGUUGCUGGACAACGAAGAAGACCUCCGCCUACUCUACCUCACCAAAAUCUACGAGACUCCAGACCUCUUGUCGGAUCUCUAUAGCUUCGACUCGGAGGAAGCUGAAGUACUGAUUGAAAACUACCUCCAAGAUAUCUUCUCCACCCGGACGACAGCCGAUCUGCUGCAACAUCGCAUUGCCAAUACAGAGAGUCUGGUGACGCUGAAACUGGACUCGAAGCGAAAUUAUCUGCUUCGAGUGCAGCUCGUCUUCUCGCUUGUAUCGAUCAACAUUUCCGUCGGCACGUUGAUCUCCGGUGUGUUCGGUAUGAAUCUCACCUCAGGCGUGGCAGACGCAUCUGGCUGGUUUUUGGGCGUUGUCAUCUUCACUGUUGUGCUCUUCAUCACCACGACGUAUGCUGGUAUAAUUUUCUUUAAACAGAAAGGAGUAAUGCUCAAGUAA